AAGUACUAAAAUGGUAAUUUUCUGUGACACGUUGGCAUUCUAUAUCAGCACAACUGCUGAGUCACACCACAUCAAACCUUGGACCCAUCAACAUGCAAAGAAAGAGGAGGGAGUCGAAAUCUUUCUCCAGCUGCUUGUUCUUGGACAGAGCCCGAUAAUUUUGGAAGCAAUUACUUACGUCCCCUUCUCCUCACCGUCCACCAUAUGAGGAUGGAAAUUAAACAAACAUGACUGGCAUGAUCCAAAUGUGGAGUAAGAUUCUUGAUUUCUUGCUUGCUAUCCCUUUCAAAAGAACACUAUACUGCCGCCACCAAGUGAUUGUCCAAUGAUCUGAAAGAAGA